AUGCGCAUGAAGCUCAUCAGCGGCGAGACGCUCGAGGAGGAGCUCGGCGGCGGGCGCGCGAACGUCCGGCUGAACCACGCCGGGAUCGCGCGAAACGCGCACGUCGCCCCCGCGAAACUCCGCGCGUCGUCGCCGCCGCGAGGAGGCGACGAGAGCGGCGACGCGCCCGCCGACGCCGCGGCGAAGAAACCGAAACCGAAGAGCGCGCUGUGGCAACGCGCGCUCGUCGCCGCGGUCGCGGAGGCGCACGUCGACGAUUGGGUCGACGUGCGAUCCGACGAGGACGACGCGAGCGUGGAGUGGAACGGCAGCGACCGCGACGACGACGACGACGACGACGACGACGUCGAAGACGCGGAGGAGGAGAACUCCGAGCUCGCCCCGGGGGAGCUCCCGCGGUUCCUCGCGCCGAGACCGCCGACGACGCGCCGCGGGAUCGAGCGCGCGUUGAUUCGCGCCGUCCCGAGGAAGCGCGCGACGGACGACGACGCCGAAGGAUUUGCGACGAUUCACUCCGUCGACUGGUCGCAUCAAAACUUGUCCAGGGUCCCGCCGAAGCUGCCGUCGUCGCCGCACCGCGCGAAGAAUCUGCGCGCGAUCGACGUGUCGCACAACUUCAUCGCGAAGCUGCCGUCGUCGCUCGCGAGGUUCACGAGGCUGGAGCGAAUCGACGCGUCGGACAAUCGCCUCGCGACGCUCCCCGCCGCGCUCGGGCGGUGUCUGCGCCUCAAAGCGCUGAUCGUCUCGCGCAACGACCUGCGCGACCUCGGCGGGACGUGGAUCGCGGAGCUCCCGGAGCUGACGAGGUUAGACUUGGACGGCAACGACCGUCUGCGCGAGCCGCCGCCGUUCGUCGCGGACAUGGGGUUGAGAGCCGUGCGCGAGUACCUGCGCGCGACGCGUUUGGUCAGGGACUGGGACGAGGACGACGUGACCGUCUUCGACCGCCGCGCGACCGGCGGCGAGCUGUCCGCGGCGCUCAGAAUCGCGCGCUGCGACGCGCGCGCGCGGCUCGAGGGGAGGGACGAGGACGAGGAAGCCGCCGCGUGUCGACGGGACGCGCGCGGGGGGGAGCGACCGCCGGAUUUGAGAUACGUCGCGCAUAAGGCGCGUUCUAUACACUGGUCCCCAUACGACCGCGUUGGCGUGGUGAACGCCGUUUCUUAA